GGCUGAAGACGCAGACGCGUUUGCCAGGGAUUUUUUGACCGGUCCAGCAGCAGAAGCAUGCACCGCCACAGCCCCUAUCUAUCCGCUUGAGGCUUUCCCUUCCAACCCGCUCUCUAGCACUGGCCAUGCGAGAUGGAGUCCCAACAAGAUCGUGGGUUCCAGAUCAUGGAGCAUCCUGAUAUGAACAAUCAUGACUCGGAUGGCUCCGGUUCCUCCGAUGAGCUGCUGCAACAGCCCUACUCACUCCGGUCGGACUCCAGCUUCACGGAGAAUUUCGACGGCCAGAUCCCAACCCCCGCGUCGACCAUCGCCAACUCUCCUACCCCAUCCCUCCCCAGCGGUAUCCCUCCAUGGGUCACGGGCACACCAUCACGCCCGCGGGGUGCGAGCGUUGGUGCCUCCGCUCUCGACAAAGCACAACCUGUAGACGGUCUGCCAGGUGACUUGAGGUCACAACGCCCGUCCGGCCCCGCUCGGACACCUUCCAACACCUACGCCCCUCAGCGCCGCCCGCCCCAAUACAUCAGCUUCCAGAAUGACCGUCAGAGAUCCUCGUCAACGAAGCGAACCCCCCGCAGGGACCCGAACGCCCAGUAUCGAGCGCAGGAGAAGGCGUAUGUCCAGCGCAUCCGGGCCGACCCACAGGCAUGGUACAACCAUUUCGACGAAGCUCAGAAUAUGAGCCCGGGAAUCGGUGACUCGGACCUGGAGGAACCCUCACCGUCGUCAGAAGUUCCAUUCGAAGAUGAUGCCUACGACCCUGACAUUCAACUUUUCCUCAACGACGAUAACCUGCCGACGAUCGAUGAGCUGAAGAACCCAAGAAAUCAGGAAAGGCUGGAGUGGCACUCCAUGUUGUCUUCUGUCUUGAAGGGAGAUGUCGUCAAGCAAGAGAAACAACGUCUUCUAGGGUCUACGGACUCCAAACGGUCCUCCGCCCAGAACAAUGCGAUAUGGCUGGGUGUUAGGGCAAGAACGUGCGGGCGCAGUGUAGCUCUGCAGCGGAAGCUGAUCGAAGAGGCCCGGAGUGGACUGGGACCUAUCAUCGAAGAAAUCAUCAAGUUUGAGAUCAAGGGUGAGACGGAGAUUGGGAAGCCUCCCAUUCAACAGGUCGAGGACAUUGUGGCACAGAUCGAGAGAUGUGAAAGCUUGUAUUCUACUCACAAAGAGCUGGAAAGCGCCCACCCCCGCAUUGCUUCUGAUGAAUUCCGAUCCAGUCGUGAUGCUGUUCUUGCCUGGCACAAUACAACGAUCUUGAUCAACACUGAACUUGCCAUUCUGCAAAAGUGGGUCGGCAACGACGAGCUUGACUUCAGCAAGCCAAGGACAAAGUCAAUUAACAGUGAUCUUACCGACGAAUCCUCCUUCUUGGACCGGAUCAUGAAGGAAGAUGGGCUGAGAACGCUCCAGGGGAGACAGAACAUGCUCAACGGUGUGGGCGAAGUGAUUCAGAAGGCGAAGAACACCUUGAUUGAAAAUGCCAGCUCGUUUGCCAAGCGUCAUCUACCGCCAUAUAUCGAAGAAUUGCUUACCCUGAUUAACUUCCCCUCACGUCUCAUCCAGGAGAUUAUCCGCAUGCGACUUUCCUAUGCAAAGAACAUGAAAGAUCCUGCUCAGCAGUCCCCAAUCUUGGUGGAUCAGAUGCUUUCACAGUUCCAGAUUUUGAUGAAAGUAGCGGUGGACAUCAAGCAACGAUAUAUGGAUAUCGCCAGACCUGAGCCCGGCUGGGACUUGCCUCCAUGUAUCGACGAGAAUUUUGACUCGGUUGUCCUGGACGCCAUGAAGUACUACUUCCGACUCCUCAAUUGGAAGCUGAAUGCAAACAAGAACACAUUCAAGGAAGCGGAAAUUCUGGAACAGGAUUGGGAAUUCUCUAAUGAGGUCGGACGUCAACUUGAUGGAGGUGACAUUGAGGUUGCUGAGCAAUACAGUGCCUUGACUGCAAAGUCUCUUCAACGCUUGAUGAUUCAUUUUGAACGGGAAUUGACGAUACGUCCGAAUGAGGAUCCCAUCGACAUGGAUAAGCGGUAUAAGAGCGUUCUCGAUUCUACACGUAUUCGCCAACGGAAGCUCUAUCGUUUCUCCCGCUUCUUGCGCCAAUUGUUUGAAAAUGCAACGGAGUACAAUUUGCCAGCUGACAUUGCCUAUGACUUCCUGGAAGCGCUCCUCGUAUCGGACCAUUUCAUUAUCAAGUCUAACUCUACCACGGGCCAGAAGAACGUCUAUCUCUUUGCGCAUCCUGCCUUGUGGGGUCGGCCCGCAGAUCUACAAGCAAUCAUGGGCACGUCCUUCCGUGAUGAAGAUGCUUCGAAAGACUCCCCUCACGCGCCCUAUAUCUUGGUCAUUCGUCCAGAGAAGCCAUUGGCUUGGGCUGGCAAAGAGAUGCAGCUCGAAACCAUGGAACACCCCACAGACUUGCGAUUAGGGAAAUUGCGCCUCGUUGUCGAGGGCACCCAGCAGCGCCUGGCCAAUGCUCGGGCUGAAUUGGCGCAUCUGACUGGAACGCAUCUCGACAUGGCCAUUGAGCAACGGGCCAAUCUCGGUCGCGUUAAUGUGGAACUUAAUAAGAUCAAGAAGAUUUCAUUUAAGCUGUCCAUGACAAUUAUGGAUAGCGUUGCAAUUAUCCGAAAUCAGCUGAGAGAGAAGGGAGUAGAGAAUCAUGACCUGGUACAAGCAUGCUAUGCUUUUGCCACGGAAUUCGGAAAGCGUUCUUCGAAUGUUGACCCUAACAGACGCGCUAUGAAUAGUGCGAGACUUGUGGAUUUGUCUCUUGAUUGGGUCUCCUUCGUUUGCGACGACUGUGAUGCUGCUGAUCGAAAGACUUUCAAGUGGGCUGUCUCUGCCCUUGAAUUCGCCAUGGCUAUUACCUCCAGCAGACAUCUACUUUCCAUGGACGACGCGCAGUUUGCUCGUCUACGACAGAAAGUGGCGGGGUGUAUGUCACUCCUCAUAUCUCACUUCGAUAUCAUGGGCGCUCGGUCUUCUCGCGCAGCUCAGGCAGAGAAGCAGCGCUUGGAAGAGCGCGCCGGCUCUAGAAGAAUGGCCGCAGGCCGAGUUUUGACGGAUGAGGAAGCGACCAAGCUUGUGCGAGAACAGCGCCUGGCUCACUUGAUCGAGAUUGAAGAUCGGCGAGUCGAUGAGGAUGCGAAGCGUCAAGCACUCGGAAGAGUCCUGGAGGGAUCCAAUGAGGCUGAUAGAUCUCUUACCGUGCUCUCGUCUUCGGCUACGAAUGUCACUCUGCGCUGGCAGCAGGGUCAGUUCAUUGGAGGCGGAACGUUCGGAUCCGUCUAUGCUGCAAUCAACCUCGACAGCAAUUACCUUAUGGCUGUCAAGGAGAUCCGCUUGCAGGAUCCUCAGCUCAUUCCUAAGAUUGCACAACAGAUCCGCGAUGAGAUGGGCGUGCUGGAAGUUCUUGAUCAUCCCAAUAUUGUCUCAUACCACGGAAUUGAAGUCCACCGUGACAAAGUGUACAUCUUCAUGGAGUACUGCUCUGGCGGGUCUCUUGCGAGCUUGCUCGAGCACGGCCGUGUUGAGGAUGAGACGGUCAUCAUGGUCUACGCUCUCCAGCUUCUGGAGGGAUUGGCGUACCUGCACCAGGCCGGCAUCAUCCACCGCGACAUCAAGCCCGAGAAUAUCCUCCUUGACCACAAUGGAAUUAUCAAGUACGUCGAUUUCGGUGCCGCUAAGAUUAUCGCCCGCCAAGGAAGGACUGUCGCCCCCAUGGACGCCUUUUCUGGCACUGGUCACAAGGACGCCAUCGUACCCAAAGACUCUCAGAUCCCCCAGAACAAUUGGGGUAAGAACCAGAAGACUAUGACCGGCACCCCGAUGUACAUGUCCCCCGAAGUGAUCCGCGGCGACACCUCCAAGCUCAUCCACCGCCAAGGCGCAGUUGACAUCUGGUCUCUGGGCUGUGUGAUCCUGGAGAUGGCCACUGGCCGUCGACCCUGGUCGACCCUGGAUAACGAGUGGGCCAUUAUGUACAACAUCGCCCAAGGCAACCAACCACAGCUUCCGAGCCGCGACCAACUCAGCGACCUGGGUAUCGACUUCCUCCGUCGUUGCUUCGAGUGUGAUCCGCUCAAGCGAUCCACCGCGGCCGAGCUCCUCCAGCACGAGUGGAUCGUCUCCAUCCGCCAGCAGGUCGUCCUUGAUGCCCCCACGCCUGGCAGUGAGAACAGCGCCAGCAGUUCCACCUCGGGCAGCCGCCAAAACUCAACCUACGGCUAGUGCAGCCUGGUUUCC